UGAAUCUGAAUUGGGAGAUGACGGUUUUUUGAUUUCAUGGUAGCCUAUGUUCAGUAAUAUCUUUAAAUGUAGCCUUAAUAUAAAGCUCUGCCUUUUCCCUUUCGCACCGUAUAGGUUUGCAUAAGGUUGACAACAAUCUGUGUUGCUGUGACCAGUAUCUCUCUGUUAAACCACAUCUAUCUUGUCUUUCAGCAAGUAGGCUAGCUACCUUUGCUAAUUCUUCCAACCUCCUUAGAUUUAGCAAUUAUAGCUGCAGACGUUUGAUUAAUCGAUUAGUUUUCCGUACCAAAAACACUACGUGACUGCUAGCUUACACAGAUAGAGUCAUGAGUGCAGAAGACUCAAACCCAGCCGCCACACCCACUCUCCGUGAGGACAUCGAGGGAGAUGCACGAUGGAUGUCUUUGCACAACCGCUUUGUUUCUGACAGCAAAGACAAAGAACCUGAUGUCCUGUUUGUUGGAGACUCUCUAAUUCAGCUCCUGCACCAGUUUGGGAUAUGGAGGCAGCUGUUCUCUCCUCUCCAUGCCCUCAAUUUUGGGGUGGGUGGUGAUGCAACACAACAUGUGCUGUGGAGACUGAGCAACGGCGAGCUGGAUAACAUCAGCCCAAAGGUUGUAGUGCUGUGGGUGGGCACUUUCAAUUAUGCCCAUACUCCUGAACAGAUCUGUGGAGGCAUCAUGGCUAUUGUCCAAGUCAUCAAGAACAAGCUCCCCAAUUCCCGCACUGUAGUACUCGGUUUACUGCCUAGAGGUAAAUCGCCAAACCUUCGCCGGGAGCGAAACGCCGCUGUGAACCAGCUGGUGCAAGAGGCCGUGACCUCCCUCCCCCACGCCUCUUUCCUCAACGUGGACCCAGGCUUCGUCCACUCCAACGGCAGCAUCUCCCAUCAGGACAUGUAUGAUUACCUUCACCUGACCCCCCAGGGCUUCCAGGCUGUGUGCGACCCCCUGCAUGCCCAUCUGAAGACCAUGCUAGAGAAGCCUGCUGAGAACUGAGCAGCCAGGGCACAAAGUCACAGAAGGUGGUCCUCAUCCCUGUUUCCAGAGAACAGCACUCCGCUUAUUAACACCAUCAAUGAUCAAUAUAAUUAAUUAUUUGGGCCUAAGAGCUGUACACAUUAUUAACACAUUAAGUCCUCUCCAUGGUGGUUGAUGACCACUGUUACAGAUUAUGGGACCAUAGAGUUUUUGUUGUGGUAAUGAUACAGUCAGAAAUGUAACAUGCUGUGCUGUAAAGAAACAAAGUCUUGCCUUUACUCCCGUUAAACAUCUGAUCCACUAGCUUUUGAUUGUCAAAGUUUUUUCUCAUAGUAGAAUAUUCACAUUCCUCUGACACAUGGUAAAUAUGAGUGAAUACGAUCAGAGCCAGACAGUGAAAGGAAAUCUGAAUGCUGGAAGACAGCGUUAUGGAUAAAUACAUCCAGAUGUCUAUUGGUUGAAAUGAAACUUUUAAAAAGACGCAGCAACUUUUACUCCAAUGAAGAUAGGUCAAAACAUUAGUUGCUGUUCCUUAUUUAAAGCUUUAUAACUGGGUUCUCCAGUUUUCACUUAAAACUCUCUAGAGACAUACAAGGCCUAAUUUACGUUAGAAUAUGGACGGAUAUAACAUUUUCUGAAAAAAUAAACAAUGAUAAAAUGCAUUGCCCAUCUGAGGCUACUGGAACAGGAACUAAUUGAAACGGGUUGCCAGUAUAUGUCUGGUUAAAAAAAAAUGAGAUACAAUACUGCCCUUACCAGAAAACUGCUGUAAUUUGCCAUUUCGGUUCCAUGAGUUACAUUCAUUUGCCAAUAGCUUUAUUUACUCCAUGGUGAUGUCUGGUGUCUUUUGUAUAUGUUCAUUUGAAUGACCAAAUGUUUUUUCAUUGACUAUAACUAUGUUUACUUGCCUUUUACCAUGUGACUUGUCUCAUUAUUGUCUUUGCACCUUUUUUGCUUCACCUAUUGUAACAUUAACAUAUUUUGCGAUGAGAGGCUGUGUCUUGUUUCAAACAUAAAUGUAUUUAAGUAGGUUGUGAAGUUGUAUACAUAUAUCUAAAAAUUGCUUGUGCUUCAAGUGUAACCUCAACUGCGACAUUAUGAUCAAUCAGAUCAUUUAAAAAGGCUUUACACUAAAACGCUUCUGAGCCUCUUAUAUGAGGGUUGUGCUACAGACCUUGAAAUUAUGCUUCAGGAUUUCUGACUGUAAGUGAUGAAAGAAUGCAUUAAAUAUGAAAAAUUG